AUCACGUAUUGCAUGAUCGCCACAUUAUCUGUGCUCAUCCCUCUGUCACUGCUCCUCAGACCCAGAAGAGACUCUUCUCAGAUCACUCUCAGACCUCACGAUGGACAGAUAAACACAAAAGCACCCUUGAUCCUGUAAGCAGCAGAGGUGUGAGCCACUGAGAGAGAUGCUUUCCUGCCAUCGCUUGAUCCUCGCGUCGCUCCAGCUGUGUUUGUUGUUGCUGUUGUUGUUGGUGUCAUUUACCGACAGCAGAAGUUUAAAAUGCUCACCGGGGAAAGUAUGCUCGGAUCGACCGCCUGUGGUUCUCAUUCCGGGAGAUCUUGGGAAUCAGCUUGAAGCUAAACUUGACAAACCCAGUGUAGUGCACUACAUCUGCUACAAGAAGACAGAGGACUACUUCACAUUAUGGCUCAACCUGGAGCUGCUGGUGCCGGUGGCCAUUGACUGCUGGAUUGAUAACAUGAGGCUACUGUACAAUCACUCAACCCACCUCACCGAAGCUCCUCCGGGGGUGGAUGUCAGAGUGCCUGGUUUUGGAAAGACAUAUAGUUUGGAAUAUCUGGAUCCUAGCAAGCAGAGUGUGGGCAGGUACUUCUUCACUAUAGUACAAGCAUUGGUUGACUGGGGUUAUACCAGAGACGAUGAUGUUCGAGGUGCCCCCUAUGAUUGGCGUAAAGCCCCAAAUGAGAAUAAGGAGUACUUCUUGCGUCUGCAGCAGAUGAUUGAGGAGAUGGCUAAUAAAGCUGGUGGUCCUGUGGUUCUCAUCGCACACAGUAUGGGGAAUAUGUACACACUCUAUUUUCUUAAUCACCAGCCACAGGCUUGGAAGGACCGGUACAUCAAGGCUUAUGUGUGUUUAGGUCCUCCAUGGGCCGGAGUGGCCAAAACUCUGAGAGUUAUGGCAACAGGUGACAACAACCGCAUUCCUGUCAUCAGUCCUCUAAAAAUUCGCACCCAGCAGCGUACGGCCGUCUCCACCGUCUGGCUCUUCCCUUACGCCCACACCUGGCCCAAAGACAUGGUCCUGGUUUCCACCCCCAACACCAGCUACACGGUCCAAGACUAUCAGCGCUUCUUCAAAGAUAUCAACUAUGAGGACGGCUGGGCCAUGAGGCAGGACACAGAAUCGCUGGUCAGUGCACUUCAGCCUCCGGGCGUUCCUGUCCACUGCUUUUAUGGCAGCGGAAUCCCCACACCUCAGGGAUACAAUUACACAAACUUCCCAGAUGUAGAUCCCACCGUCAUCAACGGGGAUGGAGACGGAACGGUCAACCUGUUGAGCGCGACACAGUGCAAACGCUGGAAGGGCCAACAGAAGCAUCCUGUCAUCAUGUACGAGUUGCCUGGGAAUGAGCAUGUUGCCAUGCUGCUGAACAUAACCACGGUUAACUACAUCAGAAAGGUGCUGUUUCCACAGUGAUGGCAUCACACUUCCCCUGUUUAACUUUGAACUGAAGAUUCUGGCUUGCCAAAGCGACAGGACUCGGUUCUGCUUUUUGGGUGGGAUGGGUCACUUUUAGAGGAUGUACAUUAUCUAAAUUGGUUUUCAGAGUUCUCUUAUUGUUGAAUUCAGGUUUAUUGGGAGAUCAGGGUGAAAUAGUCAUCUAUUGUUGGACACAAUCAACAUUUAUAGAAAUUGUUUUUUUUUUCUGCUUAAUUCAAAUCUAACACUUUAAUACUAUAAAGAUUUUAAUGUUAAAUUACAGUUGAUUCAUGUGAAAAAUUGCCUGCUGUUAAACAUUUCUCAAUUACAUUUUUAAAUAUUGUCUGGUUUUAACUUCUAACUUCUUAAAAUAUACUGAUUUUAUCUAGUGCUUUUUUUUUUUUUUUAAAUGCAUUUUCUCUCCAAAUUGUACUGAUGUUGCAGUAUUUGUCGAACAAGCAAGAGGCUAUUUAUCAGGCUAUCUGUGACCAGUAUUGAUUUAUGUUUUUUAUCAAGAGAUCUCAAAUAUAGCGCAAUACGACUGCUGAAUAUCUCAUUGUUGCUCAAUUUGUCGGCUUAACCUCUGUGACUGCAAUUGUGCCACGACCCACAAUGGGUUAAUGUUGUUACACAUGUGCAAACUCUGCUCAUGCACUGACCUCUUGAAUAUAAUGAUUUGUGAAGCAAGUUAUUUGUUGCCUUUAAAACUGGAGUUUAAUAUUAAGUUCUGUUGUAAAAACAAAGACUGUAUUUUUAAGGUACAACUGUAGAAAGUGAAACCAGAUCUUUCAGUUUCAGGAUGUGGCGUGUUGCUCGUAAUAUGGCUUGAUGGUGAAAAUGCAAUGCAAUCCCAGGGUCUGGCUGUUUGUCGCUAAACAACAGAUUGUUGCAUUUGUGCCCUUGGUUAAUGAAAAAUCACAAUGUUGCAAUUAUGUACAAUAAAAUUCUCUUUACAAAAAUUG